GUCUGUGGGGCUUCCUGUGGUUUGUCGGUUUCUGCUUCCUGGCCAAUCAGUGGGCUGCAACGGACACAUCGAAAAUGUUAACCGGCCAUGACAACGCGAGAGCCGCCAUCGCCUUCAGCUUCUUCUCCAUCCUGUCCUGGACCUUACAUCCUCCAUGCUGCUCCCCUGUGUACACUGUGCUACACCUUACAUCCUCCAUGCUGCUCCCCUGUGUACACUGUGCUACACCUUACAUCCUCCAUGCUGCUCCUCUAUGUACACUGUGCUACACCUUACAUCCUCCAUGCUGCUCCUCUAUGUACACUGUGCUAGACCUUACAUCCUCCAUGCUGCUCCUCUAUGUACACUGUGCUAGACCUGACCCCCGCUCUCUCCCCUCCCCAGGUCUGUGGGGCUUCCUGUGGUUUGUCGGUUUCUGCUUCCUGGCCAAUCAGUGGGCUGCAACGGACACAUCGAAAAUGUUAACCGGCCAUGACAACGCGAGAGCCGCCAUCGCCUUCAGCUUCUUCUCCAUCCUGUCCUGGGUCCCUCUGGCCAUCUUCGCCUACAAGAGAUUCCGGAUCGGGGUGGAGGACUUUAACAGCAGCUACAUUGACCCGAGCCUGGACUCCACCCCCCCGUACUCCAGCUACCCGGACGCGGUCACCGACAACUACCAGAGGCCGCCCUUCACACAGAGCGCAGAGACAGACGACGGCUACAAGCCGCCCACCUACUGAGCCAAAGGCA